AAAAUAGAAGCAUAUUUAUAUGUGAUUGUGCUCUUAAAAAAUCGUCAGAGACAAUCGCGUGGUCAUCAUCGUAUUGGAGCGAUCCCAUGUUCUCUGUUUCAAGCAAUCAGGCAUAUACUUCUUCUUACAGUAAUAUGUUUUCUCAUGCCGGUUCUGCUUCUACUGCUGUGACUGUAGCUGAUCCUUUUUUCUCCUUGAGCUCUUCAGGAGAAAUGAGAAGAAGUGUGAAUGAAGACACAGGUGCAGCUUUCAGUGAAGCUCAAUGGCAGGAGCUUGAGAGACAGAGGAAUAUAUAUAAAUACAUGAUGGCUUCUGUUCCUGUUCCUCCCGAGCUUCUCACACCCUUUACCAAGAACCACCCAUCAAACACUAACCCGGAUGUAACAGUGGCAGUGGCAAAAGGAGGCUCAUUGCAGCUUGGGAUUGCUUCAAGCACAAGCAACAACUCGGCUGAUCUGGAGCCAUGGAGAUGCAAGAGAACAGAUGGGAAGAAAUGGAGAUGCUCUAGAAACGUGAUUCCUGAUCAGAAAUACUGUGAGAGACACACACACAAGAGCCGUCCUCGUUCAAGAAAGCAUGUGGAAUCAUCUCACCAAUCGUCUCACCACAAUGACAUUCCUACCACUAAGAACAAUACUAGCCAGUUUGCGAGAACUUAUCCUCAGUUUUACGGACAACCUGUAAGCCAGAUCCCUGUGCUUUCUACCCUUCCCUCUGCUUCCUCUUCAUAUGAUCACCACAGAGGAUUGAGGUGGUUUAGGAAAGAAGAUGAUGCCAUUGGAACUUUAAACCCGGAGAUUCAAGAAGCUGUCCAGCUGAAGGUUGGAUCAAGCAGAGAGCUCAAACGCGGAUUCGAUUAUGAUCUAAAUUUCAGGCAGAAGGAGCCAAUAGUAGACCAGAGCUUUGGAACAGUGCAGGGUCUAUUGAGUCUAAACGAGACACCACAACAUAACCAAGAGACAAGGCGGUUUGUUGUAGAAGGGAAGCAAGACGAAGCAAUGGGAAGCUCUCUGACACUAUCAAUGGCUGGAGGAGGCAUGGAGGAAGCAGAGGGAACAAGCCAGCAUCAGUGGGUUAGCCAUGAAGGUCCAUCAUGGCUCUAUUCAACAACACCAGGUGGACCAUUGGCUGAAGCACUGUGUCUUGGUGUCUCCAACAACCCAAGUUCUAGUACUACUACUAGCAGCUGCAGCAGAAGCUCAAGCUAAACCGGUUGAGUGAUUAGAGAUCAUCGUUGUUAGUGUUUUGUUUGAAAAACUGAGACCUUUUAGCUUCUGUUGGUGUUUUGCAGAAGACUAAACCACUACUCUAAUGAUGGAAAAUUGUUUGAAACCGGUUUGUGUGUCUCUGAUAUGUUUUCAGUUUUCACUAUAUUAUAGUCAAAAUACGAAUCAAAUUGCAACUUUUCA